AUGAUUUCGGAGGAGAAAAGCAGCCACGCAAAUAAACAAACCCUAAACUUCCCCGUGGGUUUACUCAUCCGCUCCCCGAAGAGGCGCCUGGCCAAGCUAGGAAGGAAACCCAGCAAUGGAUCUCUACAGUCCAACAAAUCAGACAACACCGUCCGCUCCAAUGAAAGCGCGGGCGUCCGCCAGCCAGCCAAGAGCAAAAUCCGCCGCCACAACAACAGGCUGUCCACCGUGUUCAACCACAGCCCCAACCUGCGGGACGGCGGACACCGGGGCCAGACGAGAGGCGGCGGGAGCCUGGCCGGAGACCUCCAGGCCUCAGACGACCCGGCCGAGCUGUCCAGCCAAAUGUCUGUCCCCGGGAUCCUUAAGAUCUUUGGCAGCGACAUCUGCCACGGGACCCACUACAAGAGCGUGCUGGCCACCACUCAGUCCAGCGCAAAGGAGCUGGUGAGGGAGGCUCUGGAGAGGUACUGUCUGGAAAAAGAAGACGCCAACGACUACGUGCUGUGCGAUGUGAUUGGUCAGACGGGGGCCGAUAGCCAGUGGAAGAGGGAGUGCUUCAGAGUUGUGGGUGACAACGAGAGGCCUCUCAUGCUGCAGUCGCUGUGGAAGCCCAAGGAGGGCUUCUCCAGACGGUUCGAAAUCCAGCUGCGAGCCAGCGUGGAAGAGCAGAGUCAGAAGGACAGAGACACGGUCACCGCAGGCAUCAACGCGCAGGCCCGUAAGCUGCAGCGGGGCCGAUCCCGGGUCACCUCCCUGUUCGUGGACAGCAGCGGCGAGGACGUGGACGGCCUCGGCUUCUGGAGGAGCCUCAGCGAGAUGGACCUGUCCGCCAUGGGGAAGGCGGCCGGCCGGGCGCAGCCGGGCGCGCUGAGAGAGGACCCGGAGGCCGAGGCCGAUAAGGAGGUGCUGCGGCUCGGCAUGGAGAAGGAGGAGACGGAGAGCAGCGACGAUAACACCACCCAGUACUCCAUCCACCCGCCCUUCGACUUCCCCUACUUCCUCCUGCUGCAGGGCUACAGCCACAGACAGGACUUUGUGAUCUACCUGAUGAGUGGCAGCAGCACGGUGUUCGGCUGCUGUGGGGAGCACUGUAACGGGGAGGACGAGGAGAGGCUGAAGGUGGACAUCCUCCUUUUUGCUCCAGACGUGUUGCCCCAGCAUUGCUGCGUGAGGCGGCUGGACUCUACCACCCAAACCUCCACGGGGGAGCUCAAAAAGACGCUGACCAGGCUGAAGCCCCUCCACGGGGCUCCGGUGACCAGAAACGGUUUCCUCCUCAAAGAGGAGGUGGAACUGAAUCCGGGAGAUUUGGUCGGCCUGGGGAAACAUUACCUGUUCAUGUUUAAGGAUCCUACCACUGCUCCAGGAUCCCCCCACACGCCUCCUUGGAUGACCAGACUUUGUCCAAACUCCGAUUCAAAGACAUCCUCCUCCUGUUUGUCGUGUGGUUCCACUGUUGCCACCAAAAAAGUCCAGAGAAAGCCGUCAGCUCCUCGUUGGAGAGACCUGGAGGGCACAGAGGCCUCGAUAAGCUACGAGCUGGAGCAGGAGGACAGAGUCCUGCAGGAGAUUCUGGACAAGGUGGACCCCGGUGGGAGUGACCCGAAGCUGACCCCCGCCUUCCUGCUCAGCCUCUGCAUCCAGCACUCCGCCGGCACAUUCGAGCUGACGCACCUCCGGCAGCUCCUGCUGCAGAUAGCCAAUCAGGUCCAGCUCAUCGCCUGGGAGAAGACAAAGGAACUUGCGGCAAUCCAACCUGAAACGAGCGAGGGGCAGCCGGACGGUCUGCAGCUGCUCAGCAUGGAGGAGCUGAUCCCGGGCCUGCAGCCGCUGGUCCUGUGGAUGGCCAACGCCAUCGAGCUGCUGCACUUCAUCCAGCAGGAAGUGCCCCGCCUGCUGCCCUGGAAGCAGAACCAGGAGGACGAAGGUCUGCCGGCCUCUGAGAUCUCGUCCACUCGGGCAGCCUGUGAGGAAGCCAUGACGGUCCUGGAGGAAGUCAUCAUGUUUACCUUCCAGCAGUCUGUCUACUAUCUAACAAAGAGCAUGUACCCGGCCCUGUCCGGCCUCCUGGACGGGAACCCCUUCUCAGAGAGCGGGCAGCUGCGGGUUCCCGACGGGCUUUCUAGCAUCCUGGAGGUCCUGAAGGAGGCUCUGAAGCUGCUCACGGCUUUCCAGGUGCACCCAGACAUCGCCCUACAGCUCUGCUCUUACCUGUUCUUCUUCAUCAACGCCUCGCUGUUCAACGCCCUCAUGGAGAGAGGGUCUGACGCUGGGUUCUACCAGUGGUCCCGUGGGGUCCAGAUCCGGGCCAAUCUGGACCUGCUCUUGGACUGGAUCCAGAGCAUUGGUCUGAGUGAUCUGGCCAGCGAGUUUUUCCAGAAACUCUCAGCUGCUGUCAAUCUGCUGGCUACUCCCAAGGAAACCCUGCUGCAGGUCAGAGGACAUCCGUUUCUCCUUUCCUGUUUGUCUAACGGCGGCCGGGCGGAGCCUCCUCAGCCAAGUCACGUUUACGUCAGUCCGAGUGUUUUCAUUGUCUUGGAGGUGUCACUGCCACUGGUCUGGUUUUGA